AUGUCGACCUCAGCAAGAGACUUUGGACUUGUGUCAAGCGAUGACUGGAGGUCGGCCAGUCCACGUACGUGCAAACACAAAGGACCUGCCGUGGUUGUGGACAGCGAGUCCGAAAAGGAAACAGAUGAGAGCCUACCUCUGAUAUCUCAAGCACCCACAAAACCGCCAGGAAUCCUGCAAAACGUGCUUCUCUCCUUUUCUCUGAAAUCAAAUUGGAGCGACUUGUUCAGCGUGACGUCACACCAAAGCUCUGGCUUCCUCAGCUGCCUUGAUGGGGUGCGAGUCUUGUCCCUGUACUGGAUCAUAUAUGAACACGUUAUAAAAUAUACCGCAAACUACGCAGAAAACAUGCUGCAAGCUUUACAGACACAAGUAACAACUUUGAUAUUUCCGUUCGCGACCAAUGGUUCUUAUUCGUGUGAUACGUUCUUAACUAUAAGGCUCACACCUUUGUUGUUCCUGACGUUCAUUUUGUACUGGAAGUCCUUCCCAUCGUGGUUUGCUCAGGGCCCAAUGUCUAGCUCUCAAUACACCUUCGACCUGCGCUGCGAAAACUCGUGGUGGCACAGCAUUCUCUACAUCAACAACUACCUGGGAGGGUGCUACGGGCUGACGUGGUAUCUGGCAGUGGACAUGCAGCUUUAUUUGGUCAGCCCGAUCUUCCUUUACGCUUUGUACAGAAAGCCUGCGGUCGGCCUUUCUCUUUUAGGCAUAUGCACCGUUGCCUCAAUUUCGUACACAGCUUACAUUGCUUAUGUGGAUAAUAUAGCAAAUGAAUUGUUGAUAAUGGACCAUCCCAAAGCAAGAAAUGGCGGCUCUUCGGCUGGAUGA